AUGAUCACAAUUAGUAUUGUAAAUUGCUCCAACCAUGAUACAGAUUCUUGCUUUAACGAAUGUAUGAAAAGAUAUAAAUGCUACAUAGAUUUUAGUGAAGCAGAAUGUGUCUCUGUUGCAGAUAGAUGCGAUAGAUUUUGCUCAAAAUAG